CACUGGCCCCUCCCGGAAGUGCGGCGGUUGCUAGGCGGCUGUUGCCAGGCUACAGCGGCGGCUGUUGCCAGGCCGGGUCGAUGGCGAACGUGGAGCCAGAGGAGCUGGUCGGCACCUUCCCCAGCCUCAUGGCCGAGGGCGCACUGCUCAGCCGGCGCGGGCAGCACAGCAAGGCGCUGCUCUGCUUCACUAACGCUCUGCAGCUUCAAAAAGGGGAUAAGCACUGUCUGGUUGCUCGCUCAAAAUGUUACCUGAAGCUUGGGGACACAGAAAAUUCCCUGAAAGAUGCAGAAGCCUCUCUUCAAAAUGACAAAACAUUUUCCAAGGGACUGUACCAAAAAGCUGAGACCCUCUACACCAUGGGUGACUUCGAAUUUGCAUUAGUGUUUUAUCACCGUGGCCAUAAACUACGUCCAGAACUACAGAAAUUCAGAUUAGGGAUCCAAAAAGCUCAGGAAGCGAUUGACAACUGCGUUGGAAGUCCUUCCUCAGUUAAACUGGAGAAUAAAGGGGACCUCUGCUUUUUAAGCAGGCAGGCAGAGAGCAAGAAAAUGAAACAAAAACUUCCAGUCAACCUUGCAAGAAAGGAUCAAAAACGGCUGAAUAAACAGGAGCCCAUUAGGAACACAAAGGCUGAACGGCAGCUCCUUGGAGAGCUGUAUGCCGACAAGGCCUAUCUAGAGAAGCUGCUCAAAGAUGAAGACUUGAUCAGAAGCAACACAAAGCAGGGGAUGACAGUGGAGGAUCUAAUUUUGGGAGGCAUUAAGUACCUGGACACCCGGACUGAGUUCUGGCAGCAGCAGAAGCCCAUCUACGCCCGGGUGAGAGACCGCAAGCUCAGGCAGCAGAGGUGGAUCCAAGACAAAAAGCGCAAACCAUCUGAGGUUGCCAGACACAUUGUGAAGAGCAUGGAGGAUAUUGACAUGUUGUUGACCAGUGGCUGCCCUGAAGGAAGCUGUAAGAAAGCAGAACAUGUGCUAAAAACAAUUAAAGGUCGGGCUGAUGUCGAAGUUCCCAACAAGAACGAACUGAUUGGAAACCUCUACAGCUGCAUUGGGAAUGCUCAGAUAGAUAUGGGACAAAUGGGGGCAGCACUUCAGAGCCAUAAGAUGGAUUUGGAGAUUGCAAAGGAAAAUGAUCUGCCAGAUGCCAUAUCCAGAGCCCUUGACAAUAUUGGCAGAGUUUAUGCCAGAAUCGGCAAAUUCCAGGAGGCCAUUGACACAUGGGAGGAGAAGAUCCCAAUGGCAAAAACCAGCCUGGAAAAGACAUGGUUAUUCCAUGAAAUUGGCCGGUGUUACCUGGAGCUAAAUCAAGCAACAGAAGGCCUGGAGUAUGGUGAAAAAUCCUUGCAGUCAGCAGAGGAGGAAGGCGAUGUUGAAUGGCAGCUCAAUGCUAGCGUGCUGGUUGCACAAGCACAAGUGAAACUUGAAGAUUACCAGUCUGCGGUUAUGAACUUUGAAAAAGCUCUUGAGAAGGCAAAGCUCGUUCAUAAUGAUGCAGCUCAGCAGGCCAUCAUCAUUGCUCUAGAUGAUGCAAACAAAGACUUCAUUGAAGAACUGAAAGUAGAAAAGGAGAGAAGAGAUUCUUUCAAAGAUUUUGGCUAUGUAAGUGAAUAUUUCUUUGAGAAGAUAAAGAGCAGACAUAAUAUGGAGCAAGAAAAUGACAAACAAGAGGAAAGAGAACAAGAGAAUGAGAGAAAUGAAAAAGAGAAAGAGAAUGAGAGAAAUGAAACAGAGGAAGAAGAGAAUGAGAGAAAUGAAAAAGAGAAAGAGAGAAAUGAAAGAGAGGAAGAAGAGAAAGAGAGAAAUGAAAGAGAGAAAGAGAAAGAGAGAAAUGAAACAGAGGAAGAAGAGAAUGAGAGAAAUGAAACAGAGGAAGAAGAGAAUGAGAGAAAUGGACAAGAAAAAGAGACCGAUGAGAAAAAUGGACAAGAAUGUAAUGAGGUAGAGAGAAGUGGAGAAGAAAGGUUGGAGAGUGAGAGAAAUGAAAGGGAGGAAGGAGAAGAGGAGACAGUGAGAGAAGAGGAAGAAGAUAUAAAGGAGGAUUUGUCUGAACAACAGGGGGACAUUUCCUAGAGUUCACCUGUAGGAUUAAAGUCUGUGUUGGUGUGCUGACUUUACAACUUAGUGCCUUUUACUUAGACCAGGUCUAUCUUAUGUACUUAGGCACCUGAAAAAAUGUCUGUAAGGAAUCACACACCCUAGCAGAUGUUACUACAGCAGCAAAACCACUGGUUAGAUGCAACUUUACUGACAAAAAGAGCAUUUUGUUAGGUUACUUAGUGCUGUUUGUAGAGAUGACGUAGUAGCUAUGUUGGCAGAAAAGCUCCCAUUGACACAUGCUGUGCCUCCAGAAGGGGGCUCUGCCAGCCUAGCUAUGUAAUGGCAGAGACUCUUCUAAUGUAGAUAAAUAAUCCCUUGGUGUGAAAUUGGUCCUGUAUUUCCCUUGGACAUUCAUUCCGCACCUUUAUGUGAGCGGCCUCUGGUUUUUGCCACCCCUUUGAAUUAUUAUUUUCUUUUUCCAUUCUAAAGCCCUUCAACUGAAGGUAAUUUAGGUUCCUGCCUUGGACCGAGUUUCGUUAAUUCUCUUCCUGCCUUUCUACCCAGACAUCAGGACUCUGAUAGGGAGUCAGACACUGACUGAGAGCACAAGUCUGCAUCUCCUGUGCAGGCACAAAGUUUCACUAAUGCUAAUGGAAUCUACAUGUAUUAAGCUGCAGGACUGGGAUCUUGUGAAUAUAUUUGAUCCAGUAGUACAGUGGCAUUCUUGGCAAAAUGAGCCGUGUAUCUUCAGUCAGUGUCUGCAGGGUGUGAUCAAAACUAGGCACAGCUGCUGUUUUUGUAACAACCGGAUAAGUUAACAGUGUCUUUGCAUAUCUGCUGAAUUUGAAUCCAGUGUGAAACCUCCAAUCGGAUAAAGAACGUUAGUUUCAUUCUGACUGGUAAAUAAACAAAGGCAAAGCCAGGA